ACCCACGCAAUGCCACCAUCCCCACUCACAUUUUUCUCCAUUCCUGGCCUGCUUCACGUGAGGUGGUGGCCAUGGCUUUGAGAGCGCUGCUUUUCACCGUGGUUCUACUUUGCAUCCUUCCUGAGGCUCCUUUUGAUAGGGCAGUGGUGGAGGCUGAUCCGAUGAUCCCAAGAGGUGGGAACGGGAAGGCAGUUCUAGACUGCACGGGGCUGUGUGGGGUGCGGUGCGGUCGGCACUCCCGGCCGAACGUGUGCCUCCGAGCGUGCGGGACAUGCUGCUUCAGGUGCAAGUGCGUGCCACCGGGCACUUCUGGCAACCGGGAGAUGUGUGGGACUUGCUACACCAACAUGACCACCCAUAACAACAGAACCAAGUGUCCUUGAAUCAGGACUGCUUGUCUUCGUGCUCUCUUGAUGAUAGUGAUGACGACGUGUGGAUGCGGUGCCUCCUUGCUUGUGACGUUUAUGUACCAUAUAUAUAUAUAUAUAAUAUGCUAUCUUGUUACGUCUUGGAACGGUACUUUGUUGCUGAUUGUAGUAUAUCGUGGUGGGUUUGGUUUCAUCUUUUGUAGUGACACUAGAGAGGGCAAUGAAGCUUUCUUUACUCUGUUAGUCUUCUAUCAUGCAUUUCUUCCUUGAGUGAUGACGCUCCUAUGCUGAAGGGUAAAAUCAUA